AUGUCGCCAUGGUCCUACCUCGCCUCGUACCUCCCCUCCAUCUCGUUGUCGUCGCUCCCCUUGCCGUCGUUGCCGGCCAAGCUGCAGCACCGAUUGCUCGCGUUCCUGCUCAGGCGCUCGAUAGGCAACUUUGUCAAGGGGCAAUUCGACGACGAAUCGAUAGAGGCCGACCUAGGGAAUGGUCUGGUCAAGUUGCAGGCGCUUGAACUCAACCCCGAGGUGCGUGUUCCCGACUCUGACCGUGGGGGCUCUCCCAAGUCACGCGACGAUCACCGACUCUGCGUUUGCGGUCGCCGGUCAGCUCGACCCACUACAACCUUCUUACACCGCUGACGACCGUAUGCAAUCAUUCUACAGGCCAUAGAACCCCUACUGUCCGGACUGCCCUUCUCUUUCGUCGGUGGGACCAUCGGCCAAACCAUCGCGCAGGUCUCGCUCCCGUUAUCCCUCUCGUCACGCCGAGCGCUGUCGUUGCAGGUGGACGACUUGUACAUUACGCUCAAAGUCCAACCGUUUCGAUCGAGCUCAAACAACGGAUCCGAUGUCGAUCGAGAUGACUUGCUGUCCGCGUCGCACGAAACUCUCGAUGCUGGUAGCAGCAGUACGACUCGAGCCCGAGCCUCCCAGAGUCAUCGCCGCCCCACAUCGCCACCCGAUCACCGUGAAGACGAGGACCAAGAAGAUGAGCGAGACGAGGCAGCUUUGGCAGAGAGCAUCUUGUCCGUCGCUGUCGCGUCCGAGUUUGUCAAGCAUCAACUCGACGAGAAGGAUGAUGCGGCACUGCGACAGUCACUGCACCUCUCGUUCCAUUCAGAGCCAGAUCUCGAACUCCCCGGCGCCUUUGGGAGUACGCGUCGAGGCUCGACCACCGCCGGUCGAACCUCCAUGGACGAGGAACAAACUCAAGAGGUCACGAUGCUGGCCGGUUUGAUCGAUCGUAUUCUGGCAAGAUUGCAGGUGAGGGUCAGAAACCUCAAAGUCACGCUGCUAUGGGAAGACGACGAGGAAGAGCACCAACUCGUCUUUAGCAGCGACGAGAUCGUUUACGAGGAAACUGAGCGCGAUCAAGUGCCUGACAACGACGGCUUGAUCGAAGACGUCUUGAGCCAACACCAGCUGUCGAUAAUUAAGCCCGGAAUUAGGCUCAAGACAGGCGUGAACCCGGGAAGACCUGGAACACCCCGACCGACUCAGCCAGCUGGCGACGAUGACGCAUCGUCAACCGAAUCGGAAGAAUCGGAAGAAUCAGAAGACCAAGAUCUGACGCCAGAACACGAUAUGAUGAUGUCUCAAUCGAUCGCGGAUUUACGGACAUCAUUCAUGUCCGCGCAGAGUUGUGCUGCUAUGGGCGAAUCCGUCUAUGCCAGUGCGAGGGGAUCCAUCUUCGAGAGAAGCUCGUCCAACCAGUCCAGCAUAGGAGGCCAUCAGUCGAGUGACAACGACAGCGACAGCAACCCGUUUCUUGAGGGUGAGGCAGAGCCCAUCGAAACCGACAUUAUAUUAUCAUUCGGAUCUGAGCCCAUCGCGGUUUCGUUGACGUCCACCGCUACUCCCAAGUCACCAACGCCGGCAGAGCCCGAGGACCUAUCCCCGCGAUCUAACAGAGCAGCUCCGCCCAAGCUGGAGAUUCGUUCGACCAUUUCUGGACCAAUCACUAUGUUCGUCCUUCCAGAUCAGAUUCGAUGUUUCCUCCAACUCGCCGAGCUCGUGACGUCACAUCUUCCGCCGUCUACUCAAACGGUAUCGCGAGCUACACAGGAGCAAGCUCGCUCGGCCUCUUUGAACCUGACGAUCGCGAUCGGCGUCAAGCUCUUCCAGCUCAUUGUCGCCCACUCUCCCUCGUCAAGGACGCCCUCAGCAACCCAACUCGAUACCAUUUGGGCUCAUCCAACCACAUCCAACCUUCCCUGCGAUCACCUGCGAUUACGUCUUGAAGGGAUGGGAGCCUUUGUCGAACGGCACUCUACAGAUCCACCGCAUACCAUCUUUCCACUGCGCUCGUUUUCGCUCGUCGAGUCACUCUGUACUACGACAAGCGAAGGGCAGGUCAAGAACACCACUUUGCCGAUCCUCGUCUCGGAUCCAGACUUACAGAGGCAAUAUAAUGUCGAGGACGCGUUCCCUACCUUCGACUUGAUCGAUUGGAAGAGGAACAAGCUUGCGGAAGGGAAAGGGUGGAGAACUCGUCUCAAGCCGAGACUGGGUAUCAAAGCGAUGAAGCCGGAGGAGCCAGCGCCCGCUGCGAUAGUGACAGUGCAAAGCGGCUCCAGUGAGUCCCGCGAGAGUGUUAUGACCGUGACAUCUGCUGAGGUCCUACCCUUUCUCCGCCAGAAUCCAUACGAUUACAGCCGAUCCACUUGUUCCUCGAUCUGAGCUUCGUCGAGCGGUUGCAAACCUUCGUCUCGGUCAUCGGAACGGCCGACAGCAGUGGGCAGUUUGGCACUCGAACUCCUCGGCCCUCGACGCCCGUCGGUCUCAAUCGCCCGCACGACAGGUCGGCUCCGUUCACUGAUGCGAACCCGCCUGAGAGAGCUACAUCGGGCCUAGACGUCAAUCUUUCUGUGCUAAGAAUUUCCAUCCGUUGCCCACCGCCCAAGGGUAGCUUCGGUUGGGCUCGGGCUUGGGACGAUUCCGUGAGGUCCGGCAUCGUCGUGCUCGAUUUGCACGACCUCGCCGUAUCGCUUCUCCCGCGCUCGCCUGAUGAUCCCAUUGGUACGACAACGAUUUCCGUGACGCGUGCCUUGGCCUUCUUUGCGCCUCCGCCCAGCAAUGAUGAUGCGUGGUGCACGGCUCGGGCCUUGCUGUCACUUACCCAUCUCGCCCACCACCCUGUGGAGGAACGACCACGGGUGCCUUUGAUCAAGAUUCGACAGCAAUCUGUUGAACUUGCAGGUCUAGGCGACUCGUCGCCCCAGUCCCCGACUUCCGCGGAUACGAGCACAACGACCGUAGUUGAAUGCUCGCUUCCUCUACUCCGUGCCUCGGUGGGCAAGAUGACCCUGGACGGUCUUCAGCUGUUCGCGGAUGACCUGGCCCAAUGGAGCUUCCGCCUCGCCGAUGCACGGAUCGACGACAGCUCGACAGAUUUUUCAAUACGCUCGGAACGCAAUCCCAAGAUGAUCAGCAGUCGAUACUUUGGCGCGAAGAGCUUCUCGAGGGGUCGUGCGCGAGCCGACAGCGAGAGCGAGGACAGUAGUGGUGAUCUUGGGGUGAGCGCGAUGACCGUCAAAGUCGAGGUUACGGACCUCGUUCUGGACCUCUGGCUGGAUAAACAGGUCCAACCGCCAGGUCCGAGCCACGAGGGGAAGCAGGCCCACAGGCACCUUCGAGCUCUCGCUGCCGACGUCGACAUCGACCUUCACGUGCUGCGCAACAGCCAAAACGACUUGCGCGCGAUCGCCACGUUCGGAAACGUGACGUUCGAAGAACCAUCAAAUUCCUCGACGAACCCACACAUUUUCGCGCGUACUAUGGCUCCUCGACCCACGGCUGCGGCCUCGGAUCCCGUGCUCCGGAUUGACUUUACCAGCUCAGUCGAAAAAUUGACGAGCCUCAAAGAGUCCAAGGUGCAGCUCACGUUGAGCAACUUCACCUACUUCUUCACCGCUGAGCUCGACUGGACGCGCGAGCUGUCGACUUUCGCGAAGGCGCCGGCUGGUGCAUUCGAGACGGUCGUGCCGAAUGAGUUGACCCGGAUCAGACUGAAUGUCAAUAAUGGCUCGAUCCACGUUACGUCAUCGACGCUCGACGGGUCGCAGCUCGUCGUUUCGAUCGGCCAGGCAAGAGUGGCGACGAACCUUAUGCCCGACAUGCCUAGGACGGUGAUCAUCGUCGAACCGAAGGAGGUGCGACUUCUUGUCGUCGAAGGCCCAGGAGAUCUUUUGCCAGCUGAGGACGCCUCACGCGAACUUGGCUAUAAAUUCUGGAAGACGCGGGGUUUUGCCGAGUUGGCGCAUCUCGAGCGCUCGUCGAUCCAAAUCCGACAGGGCAAUGGCCUCGUCUUGCCCGACUUUGAGCUCGAGGUCGCCGACUCGAUGGUGAAACUUUCGAUCUGCGCAGACUCGAUGUCGUGUGUUAGUGCCAUCGUCGACGACGUCCUCCAAAGCGCCUUCUUCCGACCCUCAGCGACUGAGUCACCCGUCCCGGCACCCAGAAUGUCAACUCAGCGCGUGAACCUGAGCCAGUCGUCUGUAGACGUGCUCGCGAGCCUCGACCCCAGCGCAUUCGAGCACGCCAAACCGUUGGUCGACUACCCCGAAAUCCUCGCUGAUGAUGUGCCGACUAACCUGGCUUACCUCGCCGAUGCGCUCCAACAAACUCCCAGCUCGCGUGGGCGACAAACGCCGCCACCACCUGGCCCUGGACAUAAGGCCUCCACUGAUCGUCCUGGGGAAGUCAUUUCGGAUAUCGACGGCGAGACGAUCCGCAUGCUUGAUCCGAAAGGCCUUCGUAUCCUGGAUGAGUACUUGGCUGUGCCUCGAGAAGAGGAAGUUGCUCGCAUCGGAUGGUAAGUCGUCACAUGCCUGAAUCCGGACCCCUUUUAUCGAGCUGAUUGCUCAAUUUUCAUUCCCCGCAUAUCGUAUCAGUCCACCAAGCAUCACACGAUGUCGCGUCUCGAAUUGCGAUAUCUCUAUAAUGCUUCACGAAGGAUACGACUGGCAUUCGACCCGCAAAGCCAUUCAGGAUGAACGCAAGGCCAUCCGUCGCCGCCUUGAACGGAUCCGGCAGCUACUCGCGAGCGGUCAAACUGCCGAUGCAAGCGCAGAACAGCAAGCCUCGGUUCUCGUAUUCGGAUCCGUUCAACUCGGCCUUUUGCCUGGCGCAUUCGAGCUACCUCCCAAAGAAUUGCUCGCUGCGAUCAACGAAGAGCUCAACGACACCUCAUCGGACGUGGGUGAAGAAGCAAGCGCGGCUUCAGUCAGCAGUUGGCAAACGAUGCCCAGUGGCGCAGCUACGCCAAACGUCGCCCGCACUUCUCGAGUCGCAAGGACGGCCGUGGGAAAGUCUCGCAAUCGCCUGACCCGAUCGACGUCGCAUGCGAUCGAGAUCAAUCUGACAGCGUUGUCGGCUCAGUUCGAUGCUUUUGGUGCGAUGGAAAAGUGGGCCUCUCGAAUCCGUAUCGACGUCGACGCGUUUGACAUCCUCGACAACGUCAAAACUUCGACUUGGCGCAAGUUCCUUACCGAAUUAAGACCUGUUGAUGGAGGAGUGCCUCGGACAUCGGGGACGUCGAUGGCUCGAGUCGAGCUCGACAAGAUGCGCCCCGUCGGUCGUUCAGUUGGAGCUAGUGAAGAACUUGCCCUGAAGGUAUGUCACUGCUUCCUCCUUUACCUUUUACGCUCUCGAAAGAUUAAACCGUCUCUCACGCGCAGAUCAAGAUCUCUCCUCUUCGACUCUACGUCGAUCAAGAUGCUCUCGACUUUCUCAAGGCUUUCGGCGCUUUCCAAGCGCCCAACAAGGCCUCGAAAGCUGGUACUGCCGAAAGGGCGCUGAAUGCCACCUCAGCGGAGCCCUUCUUCCAGCGAGUCGAGGUUCUUCCAGUCAAGAUCAAACUUGAUUACAAAGCCAAGCGCGUCGACUACCACGCGCUUCGUCGUGGCAAGACGGCCGAGUUGAUGAACUUUUUCAACUUUGAUGCUUCCGAGAUCACCUUGCGGCGUCUGGUCGUGACGGGGAUUGCCGGUUCGACACGUCUAUCGGACCUCGUCCAAGACAUUUGGACCCAGGACGUCAAGGCCAACCAGCUCGCUGAUGUGAUCUCCGGCAUUGGUCCUGUUCGUUCUGUCGUCAACGUUGGUUCCGGGGUAGCAAAUCUCGUCCUCCUCCCCAUUGAGCAAUUCCGCAAAGACGGUCGCGUCGUUCGUGGACUACAAAAGGGCGCCACUGCAUUCGCCCUUCAGACCACGAUGGAGGCGCUCAGUGUUGGGGCUAGACUUGCGACUGGUACUCAAGUCAUCCUGGAGCAGGCCGAAACGUUCAUCGGCGGCGGCGGCGGUCGAAGCUCGAACCGACCCUCUGUGCCGACGCGUGCAGGCUAUGACGGUCUCGACCGCAACACUCCUUCGGUUGCGGGAAUAUCCGACAAGGAUUUCGCCUCCGCGGAGGACAACGAUCCGAUCCACAUGCUCACCGACGAAGAGCGCCAAGAACUCAUCAGUCGGUAUGCUGCGCAGCCCAGCGACGUGCGAGAAGGGAUCGAGUCGGCCUACCGCAGCAUGGGUGGACAACUGCGUUCGGCCGCGCAGACGAUCCUAGCCCUGCCUAUGGAGGUGUAUGAGCAAACCGGUGACGACGGUCCCGUUCGAGCCGUUGUCCGCGCUGUUCCCGUCGCCGUGCUCAAGCCGAUGAUUGGGGCCUCGGAAGCGGUGUCGAAAGCGUUACUGGGCCUUCGGAACACGUUCGAUCCCGAUUCGGCCCAGAUCGAGGCGAGCGACAAGUACAAGCAAUCUUCUCAUUGA